GAACCGGGCGGACCUGAGCAGCCAUGCUUCCCGGGGUGGGCGUGUUCGGCACCAGCCUCACAGCCCGAGUCAUCAUCCCGCUGCUGAAAGAUGAGGGCUUCGCGGUGAAGGCGCUGUGGGGCCGCACGCAGGAAGAAGCCGAGGAGCUGGCCAAGGAGAUGAGCGUUCCUUUCUACACCAGCCGCAUCGACGAGGUGCUCCUGCACCAGGAUGUGGACUUGGUGUGCAUCAACCUGCCGCCGCCGCUCACUAGGCAGAUCGCUGUCAAAACCCUGGGCAUAGGCAAGAAUGUCAUCUGUGACCGUACCGCCACGCCGCUGGACGCCUUCCGCAUGAUGUCAGCGGCCCACUACUACCCGAAGCUCAUGAGCAUCAUGGGUAACGUGCUGCGCUUCCUGCCAGCCUUCGUACGCAUGAAGCAGCUGAUUGAAGAGGGCUACGUGGGCGAGCUGCUGGUGUGCGAGGUGCAGGUGCACAGCGGUAGUCUGCUGGGCAAGAAGUACAACUGGAGCUGCGACGACCUGAUGGGUGGUGGCGGCCUGCACUCCGUGGGCACCUACAUCAUCGACCUGCUCACCUUCCUCACGGGCCAGAAGGCUGUCAAGGUCCACGGGCUACUCAAGACCUUUGUCAAGCAGACGGACCACAUCAAGGGCAUCCGUCAGAUCACCAGUGAUGACUUCUGCACCUUCCAGAUGGUGCUGGAGGGUGGAGUGUGCUGCACCGUUACCCUGAACUUCAAUGUGCCUGGAGAGUUCAAGCAGGACGUGACCGUGGUGGGCUCCGCUGGGCGGCUCCUGGCGGUGGGCACCGACCUCUAUGGACAGCGCAACAGCGCCCCAGAGCAGGAGCUGCUGCUUCAGGAUACUACAUCCGUGAGCAACUCCCUGCUGCCUGAGAAGGCAUUCAGCGACAUCCCCUCGCCCUACCUGCGGGGCACCAUGAAGAUGAUGCAGGCAGUGCGCCAGGCCUUCCAGGAUCAAGAUGACCGGCGCACGUGGGACGGCCGGCCUCUUACCAUGGCUGCCACCUUCGACGACUGCCUGUAUGCUCUUUGCGUGGUAGACACCAUCAAGAGGUCCAGUCAGACUGGAGAGUGGCAGAACAUUGCCAUCAUGACCGAGGAGCCAGAGCUGAGCCCUGCCUACCUGAUCAGUGAGGCCAUGCGCAGAAGCAGGAUGUCCCUUUACUGUUAGCACUGGGACCUGGUGGACUUGACCUGCUUGCUGCGUGGGGCCAGCUAGGAGGAAAUGCACUGUGGAGUGGGUGGCCGUGGGUGGGGAUUAUGGAAGGGGCAGCAUGAAUGCACAGCAUGUAGGGUGGUCCCCGUCCUAAGUAGAGGGCCCAAGUCACAGGUGAUGGUGGUGGGCCGAUGUCAUAUUCAGAAAGGCGUGCCAUCCUAAUUGGGUAUCUGAUGAAAGGAAGAAAGUUUAACUAGCACCUUUGCAGUCCAUUACUGUGAGAAGCAAGGAGGGGCUGCCCCCUGCCCUACCUCAUCCAUCCACAGACCUCGGCCUUCUUUGCAAGCCAAGGCUGUGUAUCAAAUGAGGAGCUCAGCCAGAGCUAGGCUCUCUGUCAGCGCCCCCCACUGGCAGGAGAGGACACUUCAUCAAAUGCCUACAUAGGGUUUUUGGUUUGGUUUGGUUUUCGGUGGAGGGGGGUGGGGGGGCGAGCCUUUGAGAAAGUUGUAAUUCCGGGAAGCCACUGUGUGUUUUGCUUUAGGAACCUGCAGGAAAAGUGCACCGCUCCCUUGGUUGCUGUCUUCUAGGAAGCAUUAGAUACCUACCUGGCUCGUUGCUGUUAGUGCGGUAUAGAGUAACGGGCAGCCAACGAGGCCGUAAGCUGUGCCUCUGAGCUGACCAAGAUGACAAACAAGCUACAAUGAGCUACUUCAGAGUCCUCCUUCAGCAGGGCGUGGCUGUGGAUCAAUAGUCCUGCCAAGAGGCUCUCUAGGCAGCGCUGAGAACCGCUACAUGUGGCAUGGGCUUAAAACUGCAGCUGCCUGCCUGGGUGGGGCGCCUGCAACCCUGGGUGUAGCAAUAUGAGCGCCCCAAAAGGAGGAAACAUGAGGCCAGCCCUAGAGUCGCUGUAAGCUCCAACUGCCAAGCUGAAGAAAGACAUUUAGGACGCUGAGCUUUGUAGACUUAAACAAGAAGCCUGUGGCUUCACCCCCUAGAGUCCCUUUCCCUUUAAGAAGACUCAAGGCUCUAUUCCUUGCCUUUGGCCUUGGCUCUCAGGAUUCUGACAGCUGGAAACUUCUGAAUAGGUAUUAAAACAAAAAGCCAACAGGGCACAUAACUCUCAGUGUUUCUAAAACAGGGAUACAGAGCCUGGAGAGGCCUGUACAUAUAGGUAGAGAAGGUUCAAGUUGGAAAAAACAAACAAACAAAUCUUUUUCUUCCCCUCCUGUUUGCCUAGUCUUUUUACCCCCCCCCCCCCAGUUUGAAACUAGAGAUGACCAAGUACUAACUUACAGAGACACCGCCUAUUGUCACAUAGGUAGGCACACCUUUGUAAAUGUUUGCUCUCCUCAAGUAUCACUAAGACAUUCGAGUCUGGUCCUGAGAGAAAGGGCAAGUGACAUACGUUUUGAAAAUGGGAGUGUUGUCUUUUCCUUGGCUGGCUUUGCCAACCAUAAGCUGGCUAUGUAGACUCUAAGUAGUCGGCCUGAGUCCAGUCAGCGUUCCUCCCUGGGGCCCUGGUAAUUCACAGAGACAGUCAUACUGGAGGCCACACACACCAGCAGAAUCAUGGUCCUUCUCUAGUGUAAAGAGGCAGGUGUUGUCCUUUAAGGAAGCCCCCCCCCCAGCUCCCCCCCCACACACCAUCAUACAACUGAAACCGUCCGAGGCUUUGAUUUGCUGCCACCCCUCAUGAACAGUGUUCCAGGUUUGCAGUUAUUGGAUCAGAACAACACUCUGCACAUCAUAGACAUUUUUAGGGAUCCCUGCUCUCCUAAAUUGCUCUCCGAGUCAGUAAUUCCCCCAUCCCAGCUACCCCAAAAAGCUGUGAUUAAAGCUCUUGCCUUUCCAUGUGCACAUUCUUGAUUGGCUGGAGCAGUGUGAGGCUGAAGCCCCAAGCUCUUGACAACAUUCUGCAGAACAACUUGGAUCUAAGUAAGUCCUGGCAAUAACCCAGCCUACAGAGGCUGUUAGGAGCCUUUCCAGUCAGUUUCCCCUUGCCUUGCUUGCUCCCAUCCUUUUAUAAAUACUGCUGAUGGUCUCUACUAAAAGCCAGGGUUCCCAGAGAUUUUAAAGCAGGUAUAUAUAUAAUGUGUGUAUGUAUACAUACACACACAUAUGUAUGGGAAUGCCCUGGGUUUAUCUGCCAAGUUAAGAGUCUAGGACUCCUCUGUAGUCACUGUCAGUUCCUCUAAGAGUUCCUCUAAGACUUCUUCUCAGUGGUAAACUUGCAUCUUAGUUUUCCUGGCAGCACAUCUCUGGGUCAGGUCUCGUCAGCACUCAAGGUACAGUGCCACCCGGCUCACCCACCGAACGCAGAGUCUUGUAGACACAUCAUCAUCUACAAAGAUAGCGCUGGGUACCGUCUCAUUCCCUCUAUGUAUACAUGAAGAUGUGACAUGCCCAAAGCCACACACAAUGAGUGAGCAAAUCGCUGUCUGUACUUCUGUUGUUCUGGCCGGGAAAGCAUUCCUCAUGGAGCCCUGUAGGGGGCGUGCUCCCACCUCAAGGAGCAACAGUAGAAGAGGCGUGGCCUGGGGUCCACAACAGCCACAGUUGAGCAGGGUGGCAGCAGGUUGGCAGUUACAGCUGCAGAAAAUGUAGUUUUUUACCCCCUUCCCAGAUGGAAAUGUCACUUAGCUGCUUUUAAGCAGACUUUCCCAUGUUGAUGUUUAAGUGACUCAGCAGCCCUCGGCCCUGGAGACUUUUUUUUUUUUUUUUUUUUUUACGUUACUUUUAUUGCACGUUUGCUUACACGUCUGCUGCUUGUGGGUGGAACUGAACUGAAACACUGAGUUUGUUACUUUCAACCAAUUUCCCAUUGGCUCAAGUCAAGCUGCCGACCUAUCUCCAGGGGUUCUUUCCCAGAACUUAAGCAUUAACAUUCUCAUUUGGUCUACAGACUGAAACACACAUGUUAAAUUUUUUUCCUUUAAUUUUAAACAUUCAAAAUCAAACCAAACAGCAUACUAUAAAGAAAUAUUCAAAAUUUCCAUGUAUACAUAUAAUCCAGGCUCACAGAAAUUCUGAUUACAGAGACUAAAAAGUAAUUAUAAACAACCACUCUGCAAACUAUUCAGUAAUCUUAUGCUUGUUUUUAGAAAAAACACCUAAGAAACUGAUUCUUUCACAAUUAGGUAUUCAAAUGUCUGUCCUCUCUUGCUACCUUCCCAGCCCAACAAAAAGAAAAUCUAUGAAUCCAAAUAUCCCACAGAAGCUAUGAUCAUAAACUGUCCAGCAACUGUAAAGAGGCCUAAGAAAUUAACAGCCCAGUGACAAAGCAACAACAGAGACACAUCUCCUCAGGCAAACACAACAUUCUAGCCAUCAGUGAUCAGAAGUAAUGAUUGAGGCUCCUGCCUUAAGCUCAUCAACGUCUUAUUUAACAUAACAUCUUAUGCAGCAAGCUCUUCUAAAUCACCCCACAGCCUCAAGUGAAAAAUUUAUGUUUCAUGACUUAUUCCUAAGCUUCACCUUUCACUCACAUUUUUCUUAGGUAAUUUAGAAGAAACAAUCCAACCAACCUUAGCCUAACAUUUUUCCUGACACAUUUUUCACAUGAAAGUUCUAAAAUCACAAUUCUGAUAAAUUUCUCAUUAGUCAUACAAACAUUAUAAACUACAGGAAAAAAUCAUAUCCAUUCUUGCUCUGACUAGAACAAUGUGCUAACAAGUCUGUAAGAACGCUUGCACGUGUGUUUUCUUCAUGUGGGUGGAGCAACCACAUCCGGGGAGCAGCACCCUCUCCCUGGAGACUUUCUAAGCAUCAUUGGCUAUCAUAGAUGGUCUUGGACUUGGUUGUGGGGCAUAGGAAGAAGACAUCUUUUCCCAGGAACAGGUGCAGACUUUGGGGUUUAGCUGAGCACUGUACCACCAAGCUCUUUCUUAUUUCGUCUAGCCCACUGACUGUAGCUACUGAACUUGACCUGUGGGCUAUGUGCUAGGUUUCUGAUCCAUCCUCCUUUUCUAGUGAGCACUGGAGGAAAUCAACUCUGCUGCUGAUGCCCUGAGAAAGUCGACCCAGCUGCAUAUGAAAGGACUUCAGGGUGUCAUCUAUCAAACACCCCAGGGAGGAACACAAUGGCCGUGGCCACCCACUUCUUUAGAUUCAGGGUUGGGGAGCCCAUUUUUUCCUGAUUUGCAGUUUGUAACUGAUGUCUUGUACCUUCAGGGCUACCACACAAGAAAGGGAGGCUCAUCCAGGCCAUUAAGCUGCCUAGCUGAUGAGCUCAGACCCGCACUGCACUGGACAGUAUUCGCUGAGCUGUCACAGGAAGACCUGUAUUUUACAGAUGUGAUAUGCGUUAGGGAUAGCUCUGUGCAUGCCAGGCAAGCUCUCUACUGCUCAGCCAUACCUCCAGCCUCAAUUAAAUCUUGAAAGUAUUCAGAAAACCUUGUGACAACAACAAAAGGGUAAUCUCUAAUUAUGCAUCUCUGGAGGCUAGGGGACAGAGAACCAGGUAUUAUUCACCCUGAGAAGGACAUAAGGCCCACUCUACUCAUAGGCUAUUGUCCUAUUGCUGGAUGUGAACCUUCACUCUGACUAGUCUGUGACUCUUGCUCCAUUCACUGGUGAUUUCCUUUGCCCACCAAAACCCCGGAUCUUGCAGGACAGGGUGACACUGGGGAACUAGGUACCUGUCAGACAAUCCUAUUUGUUUCCUUUGGGCAAGGGUGGAAGAAGGGAGGUGUCAGGAGUCUGAAGUAUGGCUCCAGAGCCAUCCCUAGCGCUUGUAUUAUUCUGCUAGCUCACUCUGGUCAGCAUCCAGCAGGUGGAUUACGGCUCUGCAUUUAGCUGGGCCUUCUAGAACUUCUCUGCGGUGAUGUGGUUUCCUCAGAGUUUAUCAGUCUGAGUGAUUGCAUUAGUGCAAAGAAGCUAGCAGACCCAACUGGCCUUUUCUCCCCUGCAUCAGGGUCCUUAUCUGCUGGAGCCCUUGAGAGGGCCACUGCAGCCUCUGGCUCUCUCCCAGGCUACUGAUGUAUUGCACUACUGAGUUCUCUCAAGUCUGCUGCAGCCCCUUGUUUACGCCAGCAGAGAACAGAGUGAUAAGAACAGCAUUCUAGUUGACAUGCUUGAUGCUCAGUGCAGCGUUCAAGCCUUGCCUGGACCGGGAAAUUGUCAGGGCCAUGGAGUCCCCUGUCACCGUUUGUCUGCUGUCCCCUGCAGCCACCACAAGGGCUAGGCUGUCCAAUGAGCCCCAUAGCUUCUAAGAAAUGCAGUGGCUUAUUUGUAGUACUCCGUGACAUCCCAGGUGAAGAAGCAAAAGCCUGUGAUCUGAUCUGAUCUCCUUUACUCUGCCCUGUCCCUGGUUUAGGGGCGGGAGAACCUUCAAGCAACUAUGGCUUUGUUUGCUGCCUGGUGCUUUUAUAGUCUGUCAUUUUUUUCAUUUCUUUUUUUUUUUUUUUUUAAAAACAAACUGAAAUUGCAUUGGUUUGGUUGUCAUUGUCUAGUGUAUAUUUAUUGUUUUACAAACAUGGGUGUAUAUGUAUGUAUAUGUAUAAAAACCAAACUUAUAUAUAUAUAAAGUCAAGGCAUGUAUACUAGAUAUUUUAAAGUUAUUUAUCAAAGGGAAAAGAUGUGUGUUAUAAAGUAAAACAGAGUCUAUAUUUUAUAUAUAAUGUAGAUAGUAAAAAAAUAGCUUAUAAAUUAUAGAAGGUUUUACUUUUUGUUUUCUAUUAUUAAACAACAACAAAAAAAAGAAAUUUAAAAGAAAAAAGGACAGUGACUGCAGCUGUGCUUGGUGUUCUCAAGGCAAAUCGUUACGGAGCUGGAGGUGGCUUGCCCUCCCUCGGGAUCUGCAGUGCCAGGCUCCUGAGUGGAUGAUGCCCCACUGGUGCCAGUGUGAUGCUCUGGGUCAGGGUCGAUAUGCUCAGCCAGCUGCCCCAGCUGUUCUGACAUCGCUUCCCCUGUCCAUGAAUGGCUUUGAUGGGUUGAGCGUUGGUGGGAGAAAGGAUGAAAGUGGCAAAUAAAGUCUUUGAAGAAGA